AUGUUGAGCAAGACUCUCCUCCUUGCGGCUGCUGCCGCCUCUGUGGCCAUGGCCCAGAAUGCCGCCUACUCUCAGUGCGGUGGUCAGAACUGGUCCGGGUCCACCACCUGUGUAGCUGGCUACACCUGCCAGUACCAGAAUGCGUACUACUCGCAAUGCCUGCCAUCCAGCUCUAGCGCAACUACCGCCCGCACCAGCACGACCACCCCCCAUACCAGCACAACCACGCCCCACACCAGCACGAGCACCCGCGCUACCACGACCACCACGGCUCGCACCUCCACAAGCACGAACUCGGUGGCGGCCACCGGUGUGUCCUACAAGGCAAGCUUCACCGAGUACGGCGCAGGCGACACGUUCGGCAGCCCCAACUGCCAGACCGACACCGCUGCCUGCGGCUUCUACACCUCUCCUGGCUACUCCGCCGCCGUCUCGCAAAACCUUUUCGGUGUUGGUCCCGGCGCAGGCGCGGGACCGGCUUGCGGUACUUGCUGGAGGCUCACUAUCCAGACUGACAGCUCCGGAAACCCUGUCUCCAACGCCGGCAACAGCAUCGUUGUUAUGGUCAACAAUCUCUGCCCUGCUUCAGGCAACCCUCUAUGCUCCCAGAACGGCCUCAGCGGCACCAAUCAGUACGGAGCCAAUGUUAACUUUGACACCUGCAUUGACUCUGGUGCCUCCGCUGCUUUGUUUGGCAACUCAGGUGUUGGAUUGGGUAUUGGCACAGCGACCCAGGUCUCUUGCUCUCAGUACAGUGGCACAGUCAUUCAUUAA